UCUAUUUCAGUAUCUUUCGGUGACUAUUGCGCAUGUGGCGAUCCUAUUUAUUACGAUGCAACAUUUAUGAACAUGAAAUGCGACACAAACAUUACUCUAUGUGUUUGAUUCAAAGCUUCAACACUCAGGUGUCUUCAGAGAGGAUCUGAAUGUGUCCAACGGAUAGAGAGUGCACACACACAAAUCAGGAUUGAAAGAUAAAGGAAAGUCAUGUCGGACUAUCACAUAAGGCUUGCCACGGUUGGUGACUUCGACGGCGUAAUGGACAUCGGGGACGUGUACAUGGGCGCUGACUACUUGCGCCAUCGUUACCACAGCUUCAUGGACGACCGUAACGUCAGGUCGUACGUCUACAUCAUCGGAAAGCAGAUAGUAGGCUUCUGCAGCGUUCACCUUAUCGACGAUGGACUGACCUUUCUUGUACGAGCCGGUAGGGUGAAGGAAGGAUUCCGGGGAAAAGGGGUUUACAGUCGCCUACUCAAACACGUUCACGCAGAACACAAAGACGUAGACAGCAUCAAAUACGACGUGAUAACCACAAGAAAUUACAACUUUGAAGCGUGGAAGAAAAGCCUUGAAAACACCUACAUGUAUACUGUAUCGUCCAGAAAGACCAUUCUAAGUUACCAGUUGGAAACUGAAGACAUUGAACGUCCAGGACCAACAAAAACGUCUUAUCUGGAAGAAGUUACCUCAUCAACUAUGACGUCAUUGCUUGAGGAUGAGAAAAUCCGAGACACACUGUUUCCUGAAGGCAAAAUGAUAAUUAAUUGGGUUCCUCUCCGUCUCUUCACAUCAAAUAUGAAAUACAUAAUGACACCGGACACGUUCGCUCUCCAGUCGAUAUCCGAUAACUUUAAUGUGUCACUUCUUACAGUUGGAACAUCGACAGAAUGUAAGCUGGGACUGUUAUAUAACAUAGACGUUUUCGCAAAUGAUGUUACAGGCCUAUGUCAUCACAUUAUACGUCACUUUGAACAUUUGAAGGCGUUGACACAAAAACAGAUUGUACUUCAAAUUGUCACUUCUUCAGAUUUCUGUAAAACGGCGGAUGACAUAAUGAAAAAUCUACGAAUUUCAUCGUUCCAUAAGAAUCUAAGGACUGAAAUUAUCAGUCUUGAAAAGGGUUUCAAAUGAAAAUUCGGGUUCGGUCAUAUGCUUCAAAUUUAGUAUUUAUCCUAGACAAACGGGACGUGCAGUUUCUAACUGAAAUCAGCAGGAUCUGCCUCAUGAGUUUCAGGUUAAAAAACAAUGUGUUGUACGUCAAAUCACUCUUGCAUACAAUACCAUCUUAAACGUUCUUCAGUUUGGUAAAGAUAUUGAUCAGUUAGAAAACAAUAUCUUAUUCACGAUAUUUCUACUUUUGACCUUGAUUUUACUUUUAACUUUUGAUCAAGAUAGCAAAUGUUAUGUAGGUGCAGUAUGUGUUUUUGUCUAUCUGUGCACAUGUAUGUGUAACCCUUUUCAUCGUCAUUCGUUUAUCUUUACUUAGAGGGGGGUGGGGUAGCCUAGUGGGUAAAGCGUUGGCUCGUCACGCCGAAGACUCGGGUUCGAAUCCCCACAUGGGCACAAUGUGUGAAGCCCAUUUCUGGUGUCCCCCGCCGUGAUGUUGCUGGAAUAUUGCUAAAAGCGGCGUAAAAACAAACUCAGUCAGUCAGUCCUAAUGUUAGAAACCGUACAAGUAAGUAAUUUUCUACUGAAGAAGAAUGACAAUUGGUUUUGUUUGUUGUCGAAAUAUAACUGAAAUAAAUGCAACGUCAAAUCUUAACCCAAAUAAAAUGUGUUACUCAAG